UGACACGGCGGUCCGAGGUGAGUUUAGUGGGUUGUGGAAUAUUUGGUUGAAAAGAAGCGGUCGGGGUGGCAGUGAAAGUAAUCUUGUUCUUGUAUAGGUCUUCUAAAAAGCUUCCUAAACGCCAAAUACGGCCGACGAUGUAAACGGAUGGGGCAGAAGAGGAACUACGACAACUGAUGUGAAGUUAAAGUCAGGUCGGAACAAAAAGAAAGAGUCGAGCAGUGGAUCCCGUGGCGUUCUUAAUUCAACACCGUCGAAACUAAAGAAUGUUUUUUCCACCAAGCUAGCUGUGUUUCAGUAAACGCUGUAUGCUUCUUUGCUGCUUCCCGAGCGACCUAAAAACCAUGCUGAAAAAAAGAAGUCAAAUGUGUCCUCUGAUAUUUCAUGGAUUCCAUGUGACGGUGUGAGGAUGGGACAGGGUGGUGUUGGGACUGACUGCAGCCCUGGAGGCUGAUGAACCUGCUCAAUCGGCCAGUCAGGAUGCACAUAGCAUCAGUGGGUGUCAGCAAGUUCUGCUUCCUGUUUUCCCUUGCAUUCUGUGGCCUCUUGCUUCUGCUUAUCCCUGCCCUGCAGCCCUCAGCACGCCAGGUAGACCUGCCUCAGCCCCGACCCCAAGUGAGACCUGCACAGGCAGCCUCGUCACACCAUGUUCCAGCAGUGUCUGUCCAUGCAGGAGAAACUGAAUCUACCACGGGGCUCAAUGGGAGCUCAGCAGGGCAAGAGAGAUCUAUUCAGACUGACGUUACCAUGAAUAAUAACAAUAUUCUCAAGAGUGGGAUGAAAAGAGGGGCUCUCCCUGGAGGAAAGGGUGGUGGACUGUCUGGGUCUAGGUCUCGGGACCUGUUAGACUUUAAGGACAUUUUUAUUGCAGUGAAGACUACCAGGAAGUACCACAAGUCCAGAUUGGAGUUGCUGAUUCAGACUUGGGUUUCCCAAGCUAAAGAACAGACCUACAUAUUCACUGACGGGGAGGACAAGGAGCUGCGGCUGAGAACAGGAGCUAACAUCAUCAACACUAACUGCUCAGCAGCUCACACCCGCCAGGCUCUAUGCUGCAAGAUGUCUGUAGAGUACGACAAAUUCAUUGAGUCUCAGAAAAAGUGGUUCUGUCAUGUGGAUGAUGAUAACUAUGUGAUCCUGCCUAGCCUGCUGCAUCUGCUCUCCUCCUACCACCACAGCCAGGAUGUGUACCUGGGCCGGCCCAGUCUGGAUCAUCCUAUAGAGGCUGCAGAGAGGGUCAAGAGUGACGGAUCGGUGUCUGUCAAGUUCUGGUUUGCCACAGGUGGAGCAGGUUUCUGUAUCAGCAGAGGUCUGGCACUAAAAAUGAGCCCAUGGGCCAGUUUGGGGAACUUCAUCAGCACAGCGGAGAAGAUCCGACUACCAGACGACUGCACCAUCGGCUACAUCAUUGAAGCACUGCUGGAGGUGACCCUAACACACACACACCUCUUCCACUCUCACCUGGAGAACCUACAGAAGCUGCCCACCGACACUGUGCUGGAGCAGGUGACUCUUAGCUAUGGAGGCUUUGAGAACAGAAGAAAUGUGGUUAGCAUUGUUGGGGGCUUUUCACUGGCUGAAGACCCCACAAGGUUUAAGACUGUCCACUGCCUUCUGUAUGCAGAUACUGACUGGUGUCCAAAACUCAAACACCGCCACAAAAACUGAAAGCCACUAUGUUUUCAUCCAGCAGCACUGAUACCUGCUGAACCUUGGUCCCACUGCCUCUUCCUGCCAUGUUUGGACCCAGCUACGGUUAGCUGGAAAUAAUUGACACGUCAUUUGAUGGAUGCCUUUAUCCAAAGCAACCUCACCUCACGCUUCAUGAAUGCACAGUGCUGUUGAUUUGACAGGCAGAACUCAUGAAGUCAAUAAGAAGUGUAGCCAAAGAAUGACUAUUUCUAGAUAGUUGAGCGUGGAUGAAGUCACAAGUGACCCCAGUCGAAAUCAGCUUUUGAGCAUUUCGUAUUAACACUAACCUCAAUGUUCCUCAACAGAGUCAUUUGAUCAUUUAACCAAAUUCAUACAUUAAUGCCAUAGCCAUUGGGUAGAAAUGAACUAAAAAAAUAAAAUUAAUUCAAGCUGCUGAACGUAAUCCACAGUUUCUACUAAGCUCAGCCUCCAAGUUCACUCCACCAUUAAGGCAUAUUCGCACUGGUGCAGAAACAACUUUUGUGCUGCCUUCAUUUAUGGAGCUCUGCAUGGAUGUCCGCACUAAGUUCAAAUCUGUUGGGCUUUCGCAUGAUCUGCGCUGACGUUUGUGCGCACAGCCGAUCGAUCUUGACAGUAAAUUUGUGUUUCUGAAUUUCCAGAACUGUACAAUCAAACAUUGGUCUCAUAUUGAGACCAGGCAAAACAUUGGCACACAGAUGCAACUACCAGGUUUGUUACAGAAACUGUUUGAGUCUCUGAAACAUGGCAAUCUACUGCAAGCAAUAUUAGCAUUGUAGCUAAGAUUGGUGUAGCACUGUUUUGUUGGCUCAGCGGUAGUAUGAAAUUCUCACUUUGUAUUUCCAGUUUGCAUCAUACAAGGACUAUGGAUUUUGUCAACUAUUUCUUACAGAGCAGUUAAUAAAAGGAUCCCCUCACAGUCAGUAUGGAGGAGCGAUUACAGCAUUCUUUUAAAAUAUAAAUGAACACGUUUAACUUGUAUUAAGACAGAUUUGGUAGAAGACCUCCUACUUCCAGCCUUUAUCAUUGAAUCGAUAAAGGAAAAAUUUGUUCAAAUAUUCCCAUUCAUCCAUUGUGGUUUAAAGGCAUACUAUGUAGGUAGGUAAAAACAAUGUAUAGACUCAUACAACAUAAUCCCUCUCAGUCAUCACUUGUGACCCACUAGAUGUUCGUGGCGGUGUCUGUAUCUGCAGAGAUUAUUUUCUGAUUUUGCUGUGUGGAGGAUGUUUUGGGUGUCAACCUUUGGUCAGCACACAGGGUGAGGUUGGGUAAAAACAUAGCAAGCAGAUUCCUGUGUGGAGAUAGGUCUGGCAGUAUUGUGUGGAUGUGCAAUCAAAUGUUUUAUUUCUUUGAUUUCGGCAAUGGCGCUCCCUCACUCCAUGUUCUACCAUCACUGCUUGACCCAGGGUGCAGGGGCCAACUUUGAAUUGUGCGUUUUUAUCAUUAUUGGGCUAGGUUACUGGCCAAGGCUACAGAAGUGCAUGAAUGAUAUAGUAGUGUAAUAGAGUGUAAAGGAAGUCAGUGCAUUUACAGUUCCUGCUUUGAUAUUCAUGUUUUCCAGACGGCUAACUUUUACUCUGAAAUGUAGUGGCUCUUUGGCUCAACCGAAGACGACCUCCAUCUACUAGAAAUAGUUCUGAAACUCCACUCUGUAUGUCAGUGCCAUGCUCCUUCCACUAAGUGGAAAAGCGCUUGAGGCAAAUGCUACAGUAUUUGAAGGACCCCACAGUAUUAUCAUUGCCUUGAGUUCCAUACUCAACAGUUUAUGAGGACUUGGAUGUGUCCGUAUUUAAUCAAAGGGCUUACUUUAUUCUGUCAUCCACAAACCACUGACUUAUUGUUUUAAAGUUAAUUUCUCCACUUUAUUCUCUUUUCAUGUUACCACACGGUUAACAUAAGAGAACGGAAGAUGGUUCCUUUGGAAGGAAAUAUUGUUGAGGUACUUUUAAAGAGUCUGAUUAAAAUGUAUUGAGAUUAUUGAUUGACCGUUUUGGUCUCAAACAUGAACAGAACCGAUGUUUAAUGUGACCAGAUAUGAGAUUAUGUUUGAGUGAUUGACAGGAAACCUCUGUGGAAGGUUUGUCUGCUGCACACAUUUAUUUCAGAUGCCUUCAUAUUCUCAGCCAAAUACCUUCUCCUUGUAUUAGCCUGUUUCUAACAGGCCCAUCUUUAUAGUUUUGCACUACUUUGAUCUUGUUAUUUCCUGUAUGUUACUGACUGGAAUUAAAUUUGACAGAUUUAGUGUAAAUAUGAGUACAUUUUAAGUAAUUUCCCCCUGGGAUUAUUAAAGUAUUUCUGAUUCUGAUUCUGAAAUUUCAUUAUGUAUUAUUUGUUUGCGUAUGUUGUAGUUUCAGCUCUGCAUACACUUCUUUAAGGCGGAGCUACUCUGGAGGCAAAGAUAGUAUAGGAGUUUGACUUCAGUGGAGCCAAAGAUUGCUAUGAAAUUUGAUGUGGAUAUUCAUGCUACCCAGAGGAUGGUGGUGUAUAAUUUUUUUCUGCAAUAAUUCAAAAUCCAGCUGAAAAAUCUCAUUGGCUUUUUGUCAAAGGAACCUUGUCUCACACUCCUGGCAGUAAGGUGUGAUUACACAAACACUGUCAACGCAUACUUAUGACAUUACAUAACGCUCAUAGGCCUGGAAAGUCCUAGACUUGUCUUCAAAAAACUGCAGUAAUCCAUUAUUUAAAGCACACUCAGAGGAAACUUUUCUCUGACACCUCUAGGGGAUAUUGCCGCAGAGACCAGAUUUAAAAAUCUGUGAAAUAUAAAGAGGUUUACCUGUUGGUGGGAAGCUUAAUCAGCAUUGUGUGAACUUGUUUAGCAAGGGCUUCAAUGUAAUGAAUGUAUUGUAUGAACUAUAUGCCGUUAUUACAUUUUAACCAUCUUCAAAAUGUGGCUUGCUCAACUGUAAUUGGAGCACAGAGCAAAAAGGGGUGGGAAGGGUCGAUUGCAAUCACUUAAGGGAUCCUCUGACUUUUCAUCAGGUCAUCAUCAGGUGAAAUUUAUAAUUUGUCCAAUUGACCUUUUUCACAGCAGCCAUUCAGACAAAAUUAAAUACAAAAUUAAUGUUAUUCCUGUCAUUUAGUGCUAAUUAGCAAAUGUUAGCCUGCUGACAAGCUAAACCAAUGAACAUGGUAAACAUGCCUGUUAUCACCAUAUCCCACAUCACCCUUGUGAGCAUUUAAGUACAGCCUCAGAGUAGUCAUGUUUCUAGCUACGUAACAUUACACUAGAAUCAGGUGAAAAGUUUCCUUCUCUAGAAACUAACUGAAGAAAUGCCUCACUAGCCACAGACAUAUUGUUAAAACUACAAAUGCUCAUAAAAUAGAAAAGGAAGUCCUUGCAGACCGCUUUUCCGUCUUUGCACUUGACCAGUUUUCUGACUUGUAAACUAACUGUACACACUGCUUCUUUGGCUCCACGCACUCAGCUUAUCCCAACCAGCUGCAGUAUUUCUGCCUGUAAAAAGUAUUUGUGUGAAACACCUUUCUACCUUUUUGCACACAAGACUAGAAUCCAAAAUCCAGAGCAUGUGUCCUGCUGCAGGUCGGUGGGUGACACUGAGUGAGAGUUGUUUUUGUAAACUCUUUACCGCUGAUGUAUUAUUGUGUGGUUUCAAUAAAAAUAAAAUCCUUUCUGCA